AUGGCUACUGGAGAAUCUGACACGAGAAUAUCCGCUGAAAGAUAUGCGCCGCAUCUCUCUGAAUUUUACCCUUUAGUAAACAGCACUGGUCAAAAUGGCCAAAGUAUAGAUAGAUCAGAAUUGGAGCUUCCAACACCUGUAGAUAGGCUCGAAUCACCCUUUCGGUCGGCUACCAACUCGAGUAUGUUUAGACUACGCCGACCCUCAUCUUUUAGAUCCGGGUUCAGCACAAUAAGUGACCUUCAAAAUUUGGUCACCAAUAAGGACAUGAUACAGACUGCAGAUACUAUGCAACAGCUUCUGACCAAUGCAGAAAACUAUGCGAAGGAGCUUUCUGCCACCUCUCAAAAAGCAAGCUUGUUGGCGCUAUCUUUGGAACAAAUGGCACGCUUGAAGGGAUGCAACGACGACACCGCUGAAAAGUUCCUAAGUUCCAGCGGUCUAUUUCAUCUCAUCGCAAAUCACCAGCGCAUCAUGUCCGAUUGCAUCAGUUCGUCGCUUGUCGAUACGUUGACGACCCGAAUAGAAGAUUUUCAGUACAAACGAAGGGUACACGACUCACAAUUUAAACGGGAGUUCCACGAUGAGGCCAAAAAACUCAAGCUCCAAGAAAAAUACAACGCUCAGUUUUCUAGACGCAAAACACGUAAUUUGCUGUCUUACCGUGAAAACUUGGCUAAUUUACAACUUCAACUUGACGAACUGGAGUCACUGAAACACCGCUAUUAUCAAAAGUCCUAUGAAAUGGUUGAAAGUUGCUCUUUUGACGUUUUAAAAGAUACCGCUACGGUAUCAAGGGCGCAGGUCGAAAUCAGUGAAAAUAUUGCACGAAAAGGAUGGUCUGGUGGGGGAUUGGAUGAACUCUUGGUACAUGCGGGUGAUCCAUUCAGUAGCACAGAAAAUGAACCCAAAAACGACGAUGACACAUACGAGUACCAUAGCGAUGUCAUAAACUCUCCGAGAAGCUCUCAAAUUACUCGGAAUGGCACCCCUCGCACAGCCGUUCUUCGAAUCACACCGUCACGUCGCAAGAGCGGUUCGCAUUCCCCAUCAGAUUCAGCUUCCAAUCAGGACCCUGACAGUAACGACGCAUACGAUAACUCAUUUUCUCUGCCGAUGCCCAAAUCGCAAGAGCCAUCUUUCGCUAAUGUAGCAGAGGGAGACGGAAAGGAUAACGAUGUAAACGAAGAUGACGAAGAAGUUCACGAAGAGGAUGACGUUAGCGGUCAAAAGAUUUUGGACGGCAUGAAUGAACUUACGUUGGGUAACGUCAGCACGUCAAGCUUGGCAUUGUGA